GCUUGGUCAGUGUUAUAACGUCUAUCAAUAAUAAUAGUCCUAGACAGCCUCAGAAGAAGAGGAAACCACAUCAUUAUGUCCGCUUUUUUUGACUGUGUAGAAAAAAGGACCAAAAUAAUGUGACAAAACCGUACCUCAACUCUCGAAAAACGCUUUUUUACAUCAUUUUUUGUCCGCGUUUUUGUUAAUAUAGGUGCUAUUGUCUUGCUAACCUUAAACGCCGCUUGCACUCUUUGCUAGCUAACGGUCAAUAUCAUCCAUCUGCUCGCGCGGAAGAAGCUGAGGCUUGUUGGUAAACACGGUCCGACCCCUCCGGCAAGGACUCCCUCUGGUGCAUUGAUGCACCCGUUUCAGUGGUGUAACGGGUGCUUCUGUGGUCUGGGACUGGUUUACUCCAACAAGACGUGCACCAUGCCACCCAUCACCUUUCAGGAUCUUCCACUCAAUAUCUACAUGGUCAUUUUUGGGACAGGUAUCUUUGUCUUCAUCCUGAGCCUCAUCUUCUGCUGUUACUUCAUCAGCAAACUACGACACCAAGCCCAGAGUGAGCGUUUUGGAUACAGAGAGGUCGUUUUAAAAGGAGAUCCAAAGAAGUUGAAUCUUCAUGGGCAGACGUGCGCUGUGUGUCUGGAGGACUUCAAAGUGAAAGAUGAGCUGGGGGUCUUGCCAUGCCAACAUGCUUUUCACAGAAAGUGUUUGGUAAAGUGGCUGGAGGUGCGCUGCGUCUGCCCCAUGUGUAACAAACCCAUAGCUGGCCCCCCGGAGCAGCACCACAGCAUAGGGACUCUUCUGGAUGAACUGGUGUAACGUGUUGUCUCGUCACCAGCCUGGACGCUUUGGUCAAAACCAGCUGGUUUAACUUAUCAACCUACAGGAAGAGGGAAACUGUUAUGCUGUUACAACACAGCAAAAUGCCAACAUGACGACAGUAAGUUAGGGUAACCUAGUUACCACCCAAAGACGACUAUAGAAGAUGCUGUUGCCUAGCAACCUCCAUCCCAGAGAUGGCAACACGACACCUUUUAGUGUCUGAGAGAUUAUCUCCAGCCACCCACACAUCACUCCACCACUCUUCUUCAUCAUCCCUCCCUCUUCACCCGCUGUGCCAAAUCCUCCACUGCAGCCUUGAGUGAGGUUAGCAGCACCGCCCGCUGAAGAGGCGAAGAUGCUGAUGUCACAGCUGGGUGUAAAAGUAAGUGUUAGAGGAUGACAGGAGGCACUGAGCAUGAAUGAACAUUGUCGUGUUGGCCACUGAAAGUUUUACUAGCUGAGGCUUUUCAAGCCCUUGUUCAAAACAAGAUAAAGCCAUACGGAUGUUUUUAGCUCUUCAGAGCAGGCUGACAGUAGAAGAAGGUUCCCAGCUUAAAAUACAGAGUAUUUGUGGUUUAAAAAAAGAACGGGUACCACUAAAAUGUGAGGAAACUGUCUGGAAACCAACACAAGUAGAGAUAAGUUUAUACAAGGUGAAGGACAGAGACAGGGUUGAAUCCACGGCUUUGAAAGACUGAGUAUUUUGGCUUAUGGUAAAUUAAUGUCAGAGUUACUUUUUAAAAGAUUUUAAAAAUAUGGAUUCCAGCCUAACAGUCUGGCCUAAAUUAUUUAUAUUUCUUGGAAAAAUCUGUUCAAACUGUAGUUGAUUUGUAGCUGUCUCCAUUGAGUCUUUUCUAACAAACCAGCAAUGGGUUGCACCAGCUAUGCUUGAGUUCAGAAUAGCCUAGUUUGAAUGCAAGUUCUAACUUACAAUAGAGUUAAUGAUUAAGGUGUUGCACCAGCUGAGAUAAAGUAACAAAUCAAAUCUUACAACUAAUUGUAGUGGGGCAUACUUCAUUGGUCAUGGUACUGGUGUUUGAAGGUGGGAUAACUCGUAGGAGGAGAAGGAGGAGCAGAGGGUUUUAGCAGCCGCCUGGCGUCAGCAGUGCUAUCUAUAUAAUAGAUCACAUCCCUCAGAAAUGAAUGAGGACUCUCUUGAGACUUGAGCAUUUGCUUUUGAUGAGUGGAGAUAAUUUAGUCGUAUACCAAUAAAGUACCCUUAAAUUACUUCAGGUUAUUUAAAAUUAAACCACUCCAUCUCAUAGUUUUUAAAUACCACCAGAUGUAAGCUUAGGGUGUAGGUGUAGUUAGCACCCAUUUAUGAUGCUUUUACAUAUUUUACAAAUGCUUUUUUCAGUAUUUUUGAUUAACAGGAGUUAACAGAACUUGUUCUUCAAUGACCAAUCACAACCCAUCUUUAGAAAAAAUAAUAAAUACUCAAAUAGAUAUGUUUAUUUAAUUUAAUUAAUUUUGCAGUUUGGAUCUCGGAUGGAUAAAAUAUAUGAGUAAAAAAAGAGACAGGAAAAAACUUACAUGUUUUGCACUCCAUUUCCCCAUGAUUACAGGCUUUUUUUUUUGCCAAUGUCCAGAGAUCUUGAGAAAUUACCUCAUUAUCAUGGGAAAAGCAGCUUAGUUACUGCAAGAAAAUGAGAUACAUGAGAUGUAUGGAUGCAUGUCCACUAAAGACUGCAGUACUUCAUAGACCUUUUGUCACCAUUUUUGCCAGACACACACUCAUGACCCAUUGAAAACAGCUCAGCGUCCCACUUAUGGGUCCCAAACCACCAGUUGAGAACCACUGUUUUAAACAGCACAACUGUCACUUUCUACAUACUCAUUAGGGUCUGUUGAAUUGUGUUGCAUGUUCCAAAAGAUUCCACUACCCAGCUGAGCUCUUGUAGUUGUCUGUCUAUGCGCAGGUGAGCUAACAUCUCAUAAAUGCUUGAAGCUUUUAACAGCAGUAUUUUCUCAGAAAGUUCAAGUAAAGUUCUGCCUCUUUUCAAAGCGUUAUUCUUUGUUGUGUUUUGCUGCUCUAGCUUGAACUAGUCAUGUCUUUAAGCUUCUAGAGAUGAUGCAGAAAUAUGGACAAAAUGAAUCUGAAUUCUGAAUACAGAUGGAAAGCUCUUGUCAACCUGUAUGCAUUCCAAACAUAGAGCUUAAAUGAACCUUUAAUAUGACCUUGAGGUCUCUAAGGUGCAACCAAACGUAAUUAGUGUCAACGUAAUGUGUAGUGUGUACUCUACAUUUUAGUUUAAAGCAUACUGUAACAUAAGCAUAGCUGGUGCAACAGGUCAAAGUUGAUUUUCUGCUGAUAUGUUCAGCUGAAACUGAUGUGUAAAAUCUAUUUCUCAGUGAUAUGAUGUGUGACUUUUCCACAGAGACGUUUUAUUGUCCAGACAUGUUUUAUUGUGUUAAUAUAAGGUGGAAGGAACCGACACCACCUCCAUCUCACUGUAACUGUUUGGUUCUUUGUUGAAAUAUGUUGAAAAUAUUUUUAAAGAUGUUGCACUUUGAAUUUACAAAAAAAAGGUCCCAUGUUUUCAGGUUGUGGUAAAUCUUUUAUAAAAGUUUGUGAAGUUUCAGAGAUGCUGCGUCAUCUGAAGGAGAAAAGGGAAGCAGCAAUAUUGAGUCGGUGUUGUUCUGUGAAUUCAUCUGGGAAGCGACCAAACCUCACUUUCAAAAACUGCAUCUCUUUGUGGCAUUAUCGCUCAUUGUUUUUAUAUUUCAAAUCCUCUGUAGUAAAAAGCAAAACACUGCCUAAAUUGAGCACACAACUCACAAAGCACAUAGUCGAGAUAACAGAAAGCACCUGCACUGUAAUUAAAAGCCAACACGCUCACACACAGGGGUGAUGCUGUCAAAGUCAUGUUAGUUAAUGUGCCAAAUAAGGGAAAAAGUCUCUUCUGUUGUAUUUUUAACACAAAAACUCACUGAUUCUGGUCACAUUCCACAUUUUGUAUUCCAACAGAUGUAAAUAACUUGAAACAAUAAUAAAUACAGUUGUCUGUUU